AUGGCUCUAACACUUCCAAUCGCUUCCUCUUCGUCUCCAUCUGCUAGCAAUUCUCCUGCUUCAGUAGAGGGUUCUGUUCCCCCACAAACUCCGAUUACUCCUGCCGCCGGCCAAACUCUCUCACUUCCGUUGGCAUGCUCCACAGAGCAAAACAAUAACGUCCAAUCACAAAGCUCCAGCACAGCCUCAGCCAAUGGCGCUGUUACGCAGGUCAAACGAAAGCCCAGCCGCCGGGCCAAUACCGCGGAAAGGCGUGCUACUCACAACGCAGUCGAGAGACAGCGCAGAGAGACUCUCAAUGGCAGAUUCUUGGACCUCGCUGCGCUGCUUCCUAAUCUUUCGCAGAUCCGCAGACCUUCCAAGUCUGCGAUCGUUAACUCUUCGAUCGCUCACGUUCACGCGUCAAGGCGUCACCGCUUCCUAGCUUCGCGGGAGUUGCGGGCUCUGAAGCAAGAAUCUGAUGCCCUUCGCCGGGAACUCAACGAAUGGCGUGAUCGUGCUGGUCUUCCCUAUGUGGAAGAGCCUGUUCGUGGAGAAGGCUUUUCCAUGGUCCUCAACGGCGAAGUCGAAAUUAUUGCAACUGUCAUGGAAGAAGAUGAAGAAGGUCAGGCGUAUGACGGAUAUGAUGAGGGUGACGAUGAAUUCGCUGGUUCGAUGCCAAACAACAUGGACGACACUGAGGAUGUCAUGCCCUCUGCGCCGAUGGUCAAGAACGGCAUGUAUGCACAUGGGAAUAUGCCUCCCACUGACGUGAACAUCGCGCAUUUGAUGCCACGCGGCCCGCCCAACUCGCAGGGCGGUCCCAUGAUCGCUCAGAUGCAUUCUCCUGUUUCCUUCGAGAACCCGGAAAUGCCUUCAAUUUACGAACCUCGGGUGAAUUUUGCCGCAGCCCCAUACAUUGAACAACACCAUCCCGCUAUGGAUCAACAUAACAUGAAAGCGUGGUCGAACACGUACAACGCCUAUCACCCUCAACAUCCCCAACAAUUCUCGGUGCAGCGUAACUUGAUCACACCUCCCAAUGGCUCGCACAGCAUGGGAUCGUCGGCAACGACCGGACAUCACUUUGGGGACCAGGCGGCCCUUGUCAACCUUAAACGGCAGCAAAUGCUAGCGCUCCAACAGCAGCACGGUGCCAUGGGUUAUGUCGCCGAUGCUGACGACACAUCAUCCGUCGGAUCUGGUCACAGCAGCCCUGGCUCUGGAUACGGUUCACCAUCCCAUGGAGCUUCGUCUAUGAGCUACGAGAUUGCGAAUGCCCUCCCCGAUUAUGGUCUACCCAAAAGGCUGGGCCUGGGAAACCUCCACAUCAACACUGGUAUCGCAGGGUCGUGGAGCGGCAGGGUCGAGGAUGGCAUGGGGUCCAUGAUGACGAAGCAAGGCUUGGGCGUCCCGAUAAACGUUGGCAAUGGCGGAGUAUAUGGCAUGAUGAUAUGA